UUGGGAGUAAUGCACUGGCUUUCCCUGGUUGCCAUGGUGAUUGCCUCGGCCCUCCCCUUCCCUCGCAGUCCUGCCCCUAGACCCAUUACUGCAACAACAGAGACUGGCAGAAGUCUUUACAACCACACGGAUAACAAUAGCAGCUACAACGGUUUAUCAAAUACAAGCAUGAGCUCAAUUACUCACACUAGGAAUGGCAAGAGGAAUUAUCCUGGUAAAUCCUCUGUGGACAACAUCACCAAAAGUAAUGAAAGCCUGAAAAACCCUAAACAAGAGACUUUCAGUCUGACUACUGUUAGCAACGAAACAGGUAAGCAAUCCCUGAGCAAUACAGUAGAGAAUUUUCAGCUGCAAAAUGACCACAGCCGAAUGGACUACAAUUUACCUUUAUUUUAUGACCUAAAGGACUACAAUUCCCUGGACAAUAAAAAUCAGGAGAAAUUGCAAAGGAAACAAAGUCAGGAAGGUACACAAGGGGAUAAAACACUUCAAAAUACUGCCACUGACACUACUGGAAGAACCCUGGCACCCACUGGCACUGAAGACUACAAAUCACAAGGUAACCAGAGCCAGGGAAACUACAUUUCGUUCAAUAAUCAACCACCAGGGGACUACAAAUCUCAGAAUAUUAUCACACAUGAAGGCAACCACGUAACUGGCACCACUCAGAGGGAAAAGAAUUAUUCCCCAAAAGCAAUAUUUAAAAACGACUAUAAAAUGCCAGAUAUUUCUGUUCGAAAGCGUUCUAAUCCAUAUGAAGGUGCUACAUCACUAAACCAAAUCCCCCAGGAUACUACCACUUCAGCAGGCUAUUAUGACAGCCCAGAAAGGGGUAUGGAGAUGGACAGUGGCGGAACCUGGGAGGGUAAACCAAGAGAAGCAGAGGAGAAUACAGAGACGCCAGGUGGAAAUUUGCUGGGAGAGGCAGAUCUUUUGUUUUUGGAUACACAUCCCAGAGUUCUGUUCUCCUCCUCUCCUUCCCCUCCAACCCACCCCCCUCACCUACUCAUGCUGGAGGCUGGAUUGCUGGCAGAGGAUGAAAGAGAGGGAGACGCGGAACGCGGAGCAGGCCCCAAAGCCAGGACCAAGCGCUCCCAUGUCUCCACAUCCAGGAGAGGGGAGAGGUCAGUGUGUGAAGCGGUCAGUCUCUGGGUGACAGAUAAGAAAACCGCCAUCGACUCCCACGGCAGGAACGUCACUGUACUGCCUGAGAUCCAGACCCUCACGGGCCCCCUCAAACAGUACUUUUACGAGACUCGGUGCAGGACAGCUGAGCACCGCGGGAUGGGUGGAGGAGGCACAGACAGGGCCUCAGGAGGCUCGGGGCUCCUGGGCGUGUCUGGAGGGGGCUGCUUGGGGGUCGAUAAGAGACAGUGGGUCAGUCAGUGUAAGGCCAAGCAGUCCUUCGUCAGGGCUUUGACGGCAGACGUCAACAAAAGGGUGGGCUGGAGGUGGAUUAGGAUCGACUCAUCCUGUGUGUGUGUGCUGCUAUCCCGAGUUACUAGGAACUAG